AUGGGAACUGGUUGGAGAAAAGCUUUUUGCACAACAAUUCCAAGAGACAGAAGAGAAGCCAUUACUCCAUCGGUAGAAGUGCAAAGCCCGACUCUCAGAAGCUAUGCAAAGCUUGGUUUUCAAUCUUGUGGAAGCAGCAAUCCCUCUACUCCUCGCUUGCGUUGCAAAACCACUAUUACUGACAAUACAAAUGAUAAUGUUGGUAUUUAUACUCAAACUCCAUCAACCAAUGAUGAUCUCGUUAGUCUUCAAUGCAGAACAACCCCAAAAUCUUAUAGCAAAAGCAAAAGCAAAAGCUUUGGCUCAACCCCAUCUUCCCCAAGAUCCCCAUUUUCAAUCCUCAACAAAUCCCUCCGCCUAUCCAGAAAUAGUUGUGGAGUGUGUAUGCAGAGUGUGAAGACAAGCCAAGGCAUAGCAAUAUACACAGCUGAAUGUUCCCACACUUUUCAUUUUCCCUGCAUAACCGCUCGUGCGAAAAAUCAGAACUCCCUAAUUUGCCCAGUUUGCAGCACCACCUGGAAAGAUGUGCCUCUACUUUCCAAUAUCCAUAAACUUCAAGAACAAACACCAGUUGAUAAAACCAAAUAUAAAAGAGUACAAGCAGAGCAAUCCCCGAAAAUUACCCAACAAGUAACGAGGGCGUUCGAUGAUGAUGAGCCAUUGGUUUCGCCCAAAAAAUUAAUUCAUAUUCCAGAAGCUAACGAGGAGAAGGUUGAAACUGGUGAUGAAUUUCAAGGAUUAUUCGUGAACCCCAUUUCAAGCAAUAGCACCUAUCUACAAGACAAAGAUGGCAUAAAUGUGGAGGUGAAUUUAUUGCCUGAGGCUUCAGUUGUUUCCGUGGGCAGAACCCACCGGACUUACGCUGUCGUUUUGAAGGUCAAAGCCCCUGCACUGCCUCCGCCGCCACCGACCCACGUUCUGGACCCGGCACGACGUGCGCCUAUUGACUUGGUUACUGUUCUUGAUGUUAGUGAGAGCAUGAGCGGUGCCAAGCUUCAGAUGCUGAAACGAGCUGUGGGUUUGCUUAUUUCCUCCCUCGGCUCGGCUGACCGGCUGUGUAUAAUAGCCUUCGCGACUAGUCCGAAAAGGCUGAUGCCACUGAGGAGAAUGACGGCUCAGGGUCAAGGAUUGGCUCGGAGCAUCAUCGACCGGCUUGUCUGUAGCCAAGGUAGCAAUGUCUGUGAAGCCUUGAAUAACGCCACAACGGUUCUUGACAAUCGGCGGCACAAGAACCCUGUUGCAAGCAUUAUUUUACUAUCCGAUGGUCAAGAUGACAGUGUUCAAGCCAACAACACCAGCACAGCCGCCGCCGCCGCCGCCGCCACAAACAAUCGGCGAGAAUCGCAACAGGUGACUCGUUUCGCUCACGUUGAAAUUCCCGUACGUUCAUCUGGGUUUUCUCCAGAGCCAGCCGUGGAUGCCUUUUCCAAAUGCGUUAGUGGGUUAUUGAGCGUGGUCGUUCAAGACCUGAAAAUUCAGAUUGGCUUCACUCAUGGCUCUGAUCCAGCCGAAAUUUCUGCCAUAUACUCCUGCCAUAUGCGUCCUACAGUGAUGAACUCGAGCUGCAUUCUGGUCGGCGAUCUCUACGCCGAAGAAGAAAGAGAAUACCUCGUGGAAAUGAGGGUUCCAAUUGGGUCCCACUCACGCUCAAAUCAUCAUGUGUUUACAGUUAGGUGCAGUUACAAGGAUCCAGUAACGCACGAGCUAAUCUACGGCGAGGAGCAUCCCCUGGUCGUACCCAGACCACGUAAUAAUGCCAUUGGAUCAAGAUCCUCCAUUAUUGAACAACGGUUAAAAAAUCGUUUCAUUACAGUGCGCGCAAUUGGGGAGUCUCGGCGAUUAAUUGAGCACAACGAGGUGUCAAGCGCUAUGCAGCUGUUGUCAUCAGCUCGUGCAUUAUUGAUACAAAGCACACCAGAGUCGGCCGGCGAGUAUGUCAGAGAGCUCGAUGUUGAGCUGCAGACAAUGAUGAUGAUAAUCCAACGGCGGAGGGUUACUGGAAGGGAAAUGGGUUUGUUAGUGGAUAAGCGUGAGGAGCCACUCACGCCGACAUCGGCUAGGAGAGCGGCUGAGAAGCUGGCCAAGAUGAAGAAUCGAGUGAGCGAUUUACACGGCUUUGAAAACGCUAGGUUUUAG